GAAACGGGUCUGCGCAGGGAGGAGAUUGGGAGGAGGGGCAUGCGCAGAGAUCUAUGCAUUCCCCUGGCAUCCAUUCAUCCAUCCAUCCAUCAGGUGUGCGGCUACACUUGUGUUGAGCGCCCCCCUCGUUCGUUGCCAGCGUUCACACACAUGUUCCCCUCCCUGACGCCUGUGCACAGAUGUGUGUGUGUGUGUGUGCUGUCAGAUCUUAUGGGCAAUCUGAGGUGGAGCUGAGGUGUCGGCAGCAGCAUCGACACACAGCUGCAUGGAGGCUGCCGAAAUCGCCCACACGCACCUGAUCACCUGAGCAGUGAGUGCCAAACUGAAAGCACUAACGCACGGGUGGGUGCCCGUAUCGUCUUUCUCUCUCUCUCAUCGGUGCAGGUGGCUGAUAGUGUCCUGGCAAUGGACACAAGUAGCGAUGGCGGCCCCGCUGCCUCCAGAGGUCAUAGCACACUCAUGCACACAGCCACACGAUGCAUCGAUAGACGUGACCCGUGUGGUUCAUUCAGGGAAGGAGGGCGGCGGAGUGAAUGGCGAUAAGGAUAGCUUGCGGGAUGUCAUCGAUCAGAUACACUCGGUGAGAAAAAGAUGAGAGGGACGGGCGAGCUGCCAGCAGAUGUAUGCUGUGGAUGGAGCAAUUGCUUGUUUUGCUCUGUGCAGGUCACCUCACGGAUGGCCGCCAAAACUGAGGCGGCGGAUCUGCAGAUAUCAGAUGCCGACAGCAACACAGAGGUUCGCGCUGGAACAAGCCACACGUGCAGCCAUUCCAUCCCCACAUCUCAUACCCUACCCGCCUCUGAUUGUUCUUGGUGUUUUUGUCUUUGCCGACAGGCCUGUGUAUCGUUGGCUGCCCGUUUGUCCGGUCUGCUGGAGACCCUAACAGAUGCCGACUCGACGCUCAGCAAUGAGCUGGCGCAGAUCCCCCCUAACACCCAAAACAAAGAGGUGGGGACGGACUGACGAACAGAAGGCGCACCCAGUCAACAUCUCUCCGUGUGUCUGUGCGUGUGUCCAUCAUCAGCGCAAGGAUGGUGACGGCAGGUUGGUUCGGUGGCUGUACAACAUCCACGAUGAGGCCAGCAAGGCAGUGUACCUCAGCAAAGCGGUAUACACACACAUGAAUGCAAUUCAAGUACUGAUGGACCGCCUCACGUGGUCAUUCAGGUGUCUGCUGGUGACGGGAAGGGCUCACAAGUGGGAGCCAGCCCGGCUGCCGCUGCCGCCGCGAGUAGUGGAGGUGCGCAUGACACAUCCCCCCACCCAAUGUCUGCAAACAUCUUAAGGGUGGCUGUGAUGGAUGGUCGUGGUCGUGUGUGUCUUCAGGUGCUUCGGUUGGCGUAUUCGGUGCUACAGCAGCAGCAGCGACACACCAGCACACGGGAAGCUCACAGGUGACACAUGCACAUCAACACAGGACGCGACCAUCCCCACUGACGACAUGCCUUAUCCUCCCGUGUCUGUGUGUGUCAGGAUCACGGCCGUCCGUGUCUGCCGGGUUUGCCAGCAGCCGUCAUGGGCACCAUGGGUUCCUUUUUGACCACCAUCGACAACAUCACUCGCCUGACGCGCGUCAACAAGGAAACCCAUCAGAAGGCCACAGACAGCACAUACGGCGUCUUCCGACACUUCGCCGUGACGAAGGACGAGGAGGGCAAAUACAACAACAUUCCCAAGCUGCGGGGCGUGAAGCACCUGGUGAGAUGGGGGUGCAGUGUCAUUGGCAAAGCUGUGGCACGUGACAUUUGUUGGUUCGGUGUCUGCGUGUCUGCGUGUGUGUGUGUGCAGGGCAAGAUCCGGACGGCCCAUGUGGAGGCUUCGCGUGUGGUGCCGUGUGUGGCCGAGCUGCUGGAGAGUUCCUCAGCGGGGCUCGAGCAGCUGCAUGUGGCAGAUGGCGAGAAGGUGCGAUGGCAGGACGACACAGCACCGCGCCCCCCCGGCGAUCCCGUCCCCUUUCCCAGCCUCACACAACUAGAUAUCCAGUCACAAAAAUGGCUCAAACACAUCAGGUAUCAACACAGGAGAGAGAGAGAGAGAGAGUGCAUCCAUCACAUUGUUGGCUUCCUUUGCUCAUCUGCAGCCAGCGUCGAUGGGCCCUCCCAGCCCUCACGAGCCUCAAGGUGGACAGUCCCUCCCGGUUCGACGGAUCAUCGGGGUCCUUCACGCGCCUCGUCGAGAGGUCGCCCAAGAUCGAGCGGCUGGAGGCCGGGUUCAUUCAUUUUGGCGACGACGAUUGGCCCAACUUCCUCGUCGCCCUCGGCGGCUGCCCCCACCUCACUCACAUCACCGGCCUAGGGAUUCCCGGCAACCAGCUGGACCGCAUCAAGGAGCUCAAAGAGGCCCUCAACAAGCACUGGGCCAAACAGGAGCGCAAAGGUGACUCGAGUAUGAGCUAGAUACGGGCAGCAAACCAUGAUUUGACUAUCCUCUGCUGUUCUCGUAUGUGCAGGUGUGCGCAAGAAGCUGGGGUUCGUCGUGUCUAGCACGAUGAUCCACGCGGACUGCCGGCAGGGGGCGGCCGACUUGCAGGGUAUCAGUGAGUGGGCAGCCGAGGUGAGCUGUGAGCUGGAGUGGCGGCCGUUCGGCGACUCGCUGACGGUGGACUGCAGCAGUGACACUGAAGAAGCCUCGUGUGCGCCAGACGGCCUGUAUGGAGAGAUCGCAAAACAGCUGGCGUCAAAGGCGACUGAGGUCAGGAAAGGAGAGACAGGGGAGGUCCAGUGGAUCUCUACGUGACCUUGUGUACGUGUGUGUCAGGUUCGGCUCGCGCUCGGCGGCACCACACUGCACGAGUCAUGGCGUGACAAGCUCAUCUUCCCCAGGGCAAGUUCUCUCGGCAUCGAGAUCAAGGAGAGCUCGAGCGGCUCGUCCGUGGUCGACAGCAUCCCCGAGUGGCUGACUGAGAGGGAGGGAGAGGGGGAGGGGGCGACAAGCCGACACUUCCCGGCUGUCGAGCAGUUAGUUGUGAGUUUUGGGGAGCUCUCCUUCUCUGACCUGCCCUCUGCACCUUCUAAGCUCAGCCGUCUUGUCGGGGGGCUGGCGGGGCUCGAGAGAGUCUUUUUUAGCGAUUUGUCUAGCGCCUCUGUGGCCUGUGAGCUGCUAUCAUACCUCUCUGUGCCACGCCUUAGUGAGGUCGAGAUUGCCGAGCCUCUGUCGCAUGAGUGGCCAGCCAGCGUGCCAGCGGAAUGGAGCUUUCGCUCACCUCCCAUAGAGCGCCUGGUGACCGCCCCUCUCGAGGUCGACCCAGAUCAGUGGUCUAGCAAGGAGGGUGUGCAUUUGUUUCUGCAGUUGGUGUCGACUCUGCGCCCAUCGCGUGUCGACCUCACUGCAAUACUGCAUGAUGAUGAGUUGGAGGGAGAGGGGGAGGGGGAGCAAGGUGACGAUGCAUCUAGGCUGCUCCAGGCCGCCCGUGCAUUCGCGUGGGAGUGCAACGACCGUGUUCAGGCGCUCUACACGAUGACGGGCGGCUCAUGUGAGCAAGUCGAUGUGGAACAGUACCGUCUCACCAUGCAGCUAGCUGCCAAGUGAGUGACUCAGUGGCCGUACCAACUACUCUUGUACAGUCUGUCUGUGUGCAUAGAAGGAUAGGUGGAUGGAUGGAUGGAUGGUGUGCCGGCGCCGACACUCCGGUGACUGCCGUUUUGCUCAUGACCAAGCCGAUUGUGUGUCUGCCUGACUCGUUCUUCCACGCUGCCCCUUCUUCUCUCGGCCUUUGCUCGGCCGACCACCGGCAACACAGCCACCAGGUCGGCCGAGGGGGGCUUGGAAAGGGCGGACAGCAGAGACACAGUCUGGCCGGUGGGUGUACACAUGCAUGCGUGGCGAGACGGGCAGACGUGCGCGUGAAUGAGAUGAGAGGAAUUGCGUGCUGCCUGGCCUGUGGUGGGUGAAGACAUGCACCAUGCAAUGAGGCAAUGAGUGGGUGGUGCAUGGGCAGGGGGCGUUUCUCUGGUGGUCUGGUCAUCAAGCACAAGUAGUUG